UGCCAUCCAGGUGUAAACGUUAAAGACGUACCUAACUUAACUAUAAAAACAAUUCCAUAAAAGGUUUUUUUUUUAUUUGCACGGGGCCGCCGACGAGGCCACCAUUGUUACCGUAGCAUCUGAGUAAAGUUUGAGUUUGUGAGAUAUACCAGCCUUGGGCGAGUGUAUACGUGCACAUGGCAUAGAGCAUAGUGUAAAAACUUUAAAUCAUAAAUCUAUUCUUUUGAUGACAACAGGCGUCUUUUUUGGCCUUUCUCACGCACGACUUGAAAAUAAUAUAGCUCCUGGUCUCUUACUCCGAUGAAUGAUGAGUAACUUUAGGCGUUAUUUUGAUAAUUGCGAUGACACUCUUUAUUAGAUUUAUGAAAGUCUGUAGAAUAGAGAGCAGACAGUAGUAUCAAGAACUUGAGUCACAGUGUGUAAUGUAAAUUACAACAGACCGGGCCGUUGUCAGGGAAACAGUCAAAAUUGGCGCUCUGCACGGCUGGCAGCAAAUACCCGCCCAAACUCAGACUGCAAACUCCGCACAGUAAUCUACCUAUACUCAGACCACAACCUUUAUGGUUUAUAUACAAAUGAAGAUUAGUUAAAGUUGUAAAAAUAUGAAUUCAAAUGCAACAAAUGGAAGCAUUUCGGAGUGGUACAUGGAGCCCUUUGGUGCGAGAGUGUUUCGCUUUUUUCUGGUAGCUCUUGUGCUCUCGGCAUCGCUUGUAGGAAAUGCUGUGGUAGUACAUACAGCCAUCACUGCAAGACAGCAAACCAAGGUGUUUUUAUACUUUCUCGUGGCAAACCUUUCCAUCGCAGAGCUAAUCAACACAUGCACUAUCCCAUUUCUAGUAGUGUACGACGAACUUGGAACUUGGUAUUUUGGGGAAUUCCUGUGCCAUAUAGUCAGCCCACUUCAAGUGACCGCUCUGCUCGUGACUACCAGCACUAUAGCAGCUAUUGCAAUGUAUCGUUGCUGGUUUUUGGCGUUUCCCAUGAUCGCUCAGCGUCUUCCGAGCUCACGACGCUUAGCCUUGCUUGUGAUCACUUUCAUAUGGUUUGCAUCGAUUGUGCUUGUACUGCCCAAUUUCAUCUACAACACAGAGGUCCAAGGACCCCAUGGGCAUGUUUGGUGUCUCACGUUGUUUACGGGCGACACGAUCGACACUUUCCCUUCCACUGGGCUACAAGUACUCUCGUUUUUACGCAUUGCUAUAAACUUCGUCGUGGCGGUUGUGCUUGUGACUGCAUCAUAUCUGAUCGUGUUGUACAAGGUUCGCGCACUUGGUAAGCGCUCUCGCGUGUAUGAGCACAAUUCAAAGGGAGCGUCGCAAACAGAGAGAAAUGUCGAAGGCUUUGAGCUCGGUAAUAUGUGUCAUGUGAAUCCGGCUUUUUGCGCCGAUCACGACGAACAGCGUAGCUAUGAGAACACGCAAUCAUCCGAACAGCAGACCAUUCUAAAUGUCACUACGUUUGAGGCUGAUAUUUUUAAUCUUUUCUAUGCAAUUGUGCUUAUUUUUAUUAUCGGUUAUUAUCCUUAUCAAAUAUUCUAUAUUUUGGAAUACACGGGAAAAAUUUCGAUUCACUGGCGUUACUUAAAAAUCACAAGAAAAUAUCUAUUACUUUUAGCUUUCUUUCCGAGCGCUCUGCACCCUAUUUGCUAUGGUACUAUGAGCAAUUUUUACUACAAAGCAUUUACCAAGUUCAUUUUAUGUAGAAAUUGAGCGAUAGCGAUGCUUUCGUUCCAGGGUCUAUAUUGCCUAAAUGGUGCGCCUUUUUCAAGUUUGCUGUUUAUGCUGCGCAAGAAGCGAAACCGCGACGGCGUAGUUUUAAAGAUUAUUUACCCGCAAUAAAAA